AUGGAAUCAGAGUAUCAUUCCUUGAACUAUACACAUGACAGCGACAAUUAUAUAAUCGGUCGCAAUUUGCCAGAGUACAGCACUGGAGAGGCGGAUCCUAUACAACAAAACAGCCAAUCGAGGCCGACCAGCGCGACCCCGCCAGGAUUCUCACCAAAAAAUCCGGAUCAACCCAUUCGGCUCUCCGCAGAGGAAAGCCAGACGACGCUUGCACAGCAAGAGAAGAAGAGGACAUGCUGGAGCUUAAAAAACAGCGACAUUUCGGGUUCUUGGAUAUGGGAAAUCCUGGGGGCUAUUUUUAGUGUUGUGUGCAUCGGCCUGUUGGUUGGAUUUCUUUUUUAUGUGAACAUGACAUAUGCAAAAUGGCAAUAUUCAAUCUCCCCCAACUCGGUGAUAUCUGUCAUCUCAGCAUUCGCAAAAGCUUCCAUGCUGAUUCCCGUGACGGCGUGUCUGGGCCAAUUGAAAUGGUCGAGAGACAGCGAGCAACGCCCAAGACCACUUUUCCAUAUCCACGCCCUAGAUCAGGCGAGCAGAGGUCCUUGGGGAGCUCUGGGAAUUUUCUGGACUAUAAAGUCUGGUUUAACAAUGGCAGCGGCAGCAUUGGUGAUCUUAUCAGUGGGGAUCGACCCCUUUAUGCAGCAGAUUCUGACCUUUCCGUCACGAAAGGUACUAGCUGGCAAUGAGACUGCCUAUAUCCAGACAGCAGAGAAUUAUCAACCGGCAUGGUCGGACGAUGAGCCCGGGACGUCAAUUAUUUCCGAACAAAGCAGUCUGUUGGACCCGAAAAUGCAGGUUGCCGUCUUGACCGGAUUGGCAAAAACAAACACACCUCUUAGACCUAUCUGCUCAUCUGGCUCAUGCAGGUAUCCUGAGUUUUCAACUUUGGGUAUUUGUAGUGGUUGCGAAGAUGUUACAGAAUUAGCACUCCAGACUUGCACGCCGUUCAUCGAUCAUCCUAACUACAGUGCUUUGGUCGACCCGUUUACCGAGGCCCCCGGGAAUUGCUCAUACAAGGCUCCCAGUGGACUAGAAAUCACUCCUAUUAGCAUCGCGGCCAACAUGUAUGUUGAUGAAUUUUUGGAUAUCUGGUGUCCGUCGCUGUCUUCUGUCUCUAAAGAAGUGGACGGUCAACUUCUCACAGUUCUUACCGCGCGUUACAAUCAUCAAUCUACCUGGACUCCAAAAAAUCUGAGUGCAUUUGAACCCAAGCCAAUCUUGACACAGUGUUCCAUCUCCUUCUGUGAAAAAGAAUUCGCAUCCAGCCAUGUCUCAACGGAAAGCUACUCCCUCAAACUUGUGCGAAGCCAAAAUUUAAAAGUACCGGAAGCGGAACUUGAAGCAUCGACUUCACGUCGGAUCACUUUGGAUCUCAUCCCUGUGGACGGGGCAAAGACAUUUGACAAUGCCAGCUACAGAGUGGAAUUUGACACUCAUUCCAACAUUCGUGCCUAUUUGAGAGCCCUUUUCAACACUGGCCUGUCCUCUCCAGACCAUGAUAUAUUUCUAGACACAUCGGAGGCAAAUGGAGAAUCGUCGUCAGGCGUGGGGAUAGCGGCUAUCCUAUAUAGCAACAACAAUAUUUCCGACUCUCUGCAGCACAUGGACGAGAGUAUGACAGACACCAUUCGAACCAACAGCAGUAACACGCGUGUUGGAGGCGAUGCUUACCGAACGGAGACAUACGUCAAAGUCCAUUGGCCUUGGAUUAUCUUCCCAAUCGCACUGCCUUUUUUUGCGACUAUUCUUUUGGUCGUUGUGGUGCUGGAAAAUCGGGAUCAAGAUGUUUUGUGGAAAUCGUCGGUAUUUCCCCUCUUGAUGAGCGAGUUGAAGCUUGUGGAAGAGCACGAUAUUUCGUACCUGCGGAAUUUGGAUCAGGUGGAGACUUUGUCUAAAAAGAUCAAAGUCAGACAGGGUGAGGAGAAUGGAUCUUCGGUGCUGAAUGAGUACUAG